GUGAGUCAGAGUCAGUUCAGUUGCUCUGGAGCGAGCGCGGCGCGAGGACGUGCCGACGCCGCCGUAACGCUGCUCGACACUCGCGCGAUCCUCUUGACGUCGGCGUACGAGGACCACGACGACGACGACGCGGAAGUGCCUGCCCCCUGUGUUGUCGAUCCCGUGUCGGAAAGUGGAUUAUUGUUUUCGCUUCUGAUUCGCGCGCGCGUGUGUGUGUGCUCAAGCUUGCGAGGGGCUCGCCAACUUGCGCCCCAAAAAGUGACGCGCGCUCUGCGCAAGUGUGUGUGUUAAACAAGACGGCGUGAUUGGUGUUUGACAAACACGACGUCGACGACCUCCCCCGCGCUUUGCUGCUGAUCAUAUAUUUUCUGCUCUUCUCGGAUUUUAUUUUUUUGUGAUUUGGAGCAGUGUGUUUGCUCCCGUGUUCUUCAGUCUGUGUGUGUGUGUGAGGGGAGUGUGUUGUGCUGGAUAAGACGACGGACCUGAAGGAUACCUGCAUUGGACUACCACUUUGAAAUUCAGGUGAGCUUCGGGAUUGCGGUGCCGUGUCCAGGAGUCGGAGGGGAUGCGGAUUGUCAAUUAACUAGCCAAUCAGCCGGCUUGACGGCUCGCCUUCGGAAGGUAACGACGACUGAUCGCCACCGCACCGAGAGAGAAGGACCUCGACGCGAGUGGUCUGGACGGCGUCUGGACGCAUGCGGCCCCACUGCCGCCGCCCCCGCGCCCCCGCCGCCCCCCGCGCCGCUGACGCCGCCGCCGACUCCCAUGCGACAUGUCCCGCCAGGGCCCAGGUGCGGGGGCUGUAGUGCUGGUCAUCGCCUGCCUGGCCUGCGCCCAAGCCGUCGAGAUCUCACAAUGUUCCGGCGCGCUGGGCAUGCAGUCCCGAGCCAUCCCCGACCAGGACAUCUCGGCCUCCUCCUCGUUCCACGUCGGCAACGUCGGCCCUCACCGAGCGCGAAUCCGCACGGAGGGCCACGGCGGCGCGUGGUGCCCAGAGCACCAGGCCACAGCUGACCCCAGCGAGUGGCUGCAGGUGGAGCUGCACACGGUGCACGUCAUCACGGCCGUGGAGACGCAGGGCCGCUUCGGCAACGGCCAGGGCCAGGAGUACGCCGAGGCCUUCAUCCUCGAGUACUGGCGGCCCUCGCUCGACAAGUGGGUGCGCUACCGGGACCAGGAGGGUGAAGAGGUGCUCAAGGGGAACCACAACCCGUACACGGAGGAGAAGCGCGAGCUGUCGCCGCCCAUCUGGGCGUCGCGGAUCCGCUUCCUGCCGUACUCGUACCACCGGCGCACCGUGUGCAUGCGCGUCGAGCUGUACGGCUGCGUGUGGACGGGCGGCAUCGUCUCGUACGCCAUGCCGCAGGGGGACAAGCGCGGCGCCAGCUGGGAGUUCUUCGACACGUCGUACGACGGCCCUUGGGACCCGCAGCUGCACUCCGGCCUCGGCCAGCUCACCGACACCCUCGUCGGCGCCGACAACUUCAAGAUGAGCUACUACGAGACGGACAAGGGUGGCCAGGGAUGGGUCGGCUGGAGAAACGACUCCAGGAACGGGCAGCCCAUCGAGAUCGUGUUCGAGUUUGACAAGGUGCGCGAGUUCACGUCCAUGGACAUCUACUGCAACAACCAGUUCACCAAGGAGGUCCAGGUGUUCUCCGAGGCCCAGAUCAUGUUCAGCGUGAGCGGCGAGCACUUCCCCGGCCAGCCCAUCACGUUCACGACCAUGGAGGACCGCAUCUUCGAGAGCUCGCGCAACGUGUCCAUCAAGCUGCACCACCGGGUGGGCCGCUUCGUCAAGCUGCGCCUCCACUUCUCCGCCAAGUGGAUGCUCAUCUCGGAGAUCUCGUUCAACUCGUUCGUUGCGAGCGGCAACUUCACCGACGACAACCACAUCCCGGACGCGGUGGCCCCGCCGGCCGACCGCGUCCAGGACGACAUCUACGUCGAGAGGGUGGUCAACAGCAAGGUGCUGCCUCCCGUCCAGCAGGGCGCGUCGUCAUCGUCGUCCUCGGACCUGCCCGAGUCGGCAGCCCUGCCGCCGGCGCCACCGCCGCGGCACCCCGAGACCCCCAUCUCGGCCGUGGAGAAGGAGGACACGACGUACGUCGCCGUUAUCAUCGGCAUCCUGAUGGCCGUCGUCAUCAUCCUGCUGGUGGCCGUGUUCCUGGUGUACACGCGCAGCCGGCACCGCAAGGGCUUCCUCGGGGCGCUCAUCUCCAAGACGACGUCCUCGUCGGCGCACCACCACCACCAGUACCAGGGCCACCACCUGAGCAGCCUCAAGAAGGCGCCCAGCUUCGCCGGCUCGUACGGCGUCGUCAAGGACUUCGAGCACAAGAGCUACCUGGUGGCGACGGCCGGGGCGGGCGGCGGCGGCCAGAAGUCGACGCUGCUCUCCAACGGCGGCAGCCACGGCGGCAGUGGCGUGUCCCUGCCGCCCGCGGGGGCCAACGGCGACAUGGCGCACCUGCUCGACUCCAAGUGCAACUACUACCACGAGCCGUUCCCCUUCUACAGUUACAGCACCGUGGUCAGCGAGCUGCGCAAGAACGGCACUCCCGUCCUCGCCGAGACCCAGUACGCCGUGCCCGAGACGACGCCGUCGAACAGCACGCCGCUGCUGGCCGCCGAGGACACGCUGCCGGGGCUGCCGCCCUUCCCCGGACCGCCGCCGCCGCCGGGGCCGCCCUCGGGCCCGCCCUCGCUGUCGGCGCUGGACACCAUGAGCCCCAUGGGCGUCGGCUCGUCGGCCACCCUCGGCGGCCCGCUCGGGGGCGGCGGCGGCGGCGGCGGCACCCUGGGCAGCUUCGCGUUCGGCAGCUCCGACAAUAAGGGCAACAGCCUGCACUCGAGGAAGGGCAGCCUCUCGGACGACGGCAUGAAGAACAAGAGGCAGGAGGUGAUGCGCUCGCUCAAGAAGCGCCUGCAGUCCGUCACCGUCCCCGAGUUCGCGAGGCACCGGCUCCGGAUGCUGGCGCGGCUUGGCGAAGGCGCCUUUGGCACGCUGUACGUGGCCGAGGCCGAGGGCAUCCCAGACUACGGCGGUGGCAACUCCAUGGACACGCGGCUCGUGGCCGUCAAGUUCCUCAACCAGGGCGCCAGCGAGAAGGAAAAGCUCGACUUCCAGCGAGACGUGCGCCUCCUGUCGGCGCUCGAGGACCCCAACCUGGCGCGCGUGCUUGGGCUGUGCACCCGCGGCGAGCCGCUGUGCGUGGCGCUCGAGUACCUGCCCCACGGUGACCUGCACCGCUACCUCAGCUCGCGCUCGCCGGACAUGUACGCGGACCCGCGCGCGCUCAAGGCCGGCGCCGAGGGCGGGCCCACCACCCUCGGCUUCGGCACGCUCAUGUACAUGGCGACGCAGGUCGCGUCCGGCAUGAAGUACCUCGAGUCGCUCAACUUCGUGCACCGCGACCUGGCGGCGCGCAACUGCCUGGUCGGCGACGACUACCUCGUCAAGAUCUCCGACUUCGGCACGGACAACGACGUGUUCGCCGCCGACUACUACCGGCCCGAGGGCAACCUGUCGCUGCCCGUGCGGUGGAUGGCGGCCGAGUCGCUCUUCCUCGGCAAGUACUCGACCAAGAGCGACGUGUGGGCGUUCGCCGUCACGCUGUGGGAGAUGCUGCACUACUGCCGGGUGGCACCGUACCCGGAGCUGAGCAGCCCGCAGGUGGUCGCCAACCUGGCCAACCUGCACCAGGGCGACCCGGGCCUGUUCAGCCCGCUCCCCAUGCCGCCGCUGCCGCCCGCCGCGCGCGACGUCUACAGCCUCAUGUGCGAGUGCUGGCGGCCGCAGGAGUCGGAGCGGCCCAGCUUCCGCGAGAUCCACCUGUUCCUGCAGCGCAAGAACCUCGGCUACAGCCCGGCCUCCACGUCGUGCUCCUCGCCGGCGACCUCGGCCGCGGCCGCCGCCGCCGCCCUCUCCUGACAACCAGACGUCCGCUUCCUCUGAAAGGAGGGGCGGGGCCCGGGAGGGCCGCCCAGGGCGCCGCCUAGCCCGGCCCCGGACCUGAUGCCGCUGCUCGAGUGGCACGCCGGCGACGACCCCGCCGAGCACAGUGACUCGGAGGAGUGCUGAGCAUCAGAUUGGUGCGACUGUGCGCGACUGACAUUUCGUGAUAUUCGGACUUAUGGACGUGCCUCUCGCAGAGUCCUCUUUCGACAGUAUGCAGAAGUUUAUUUUGCAAGAAUUGAAGUGUUUUGUAUAUUUUAGAAUGACCCGGAGUUUCGGCCGUCUGUUGAUCUUCAGAACGGACUGCGACCCAACAAGAAAAGUCAUAUCCGCUGUAAGUUGUGCUUCGGCUACAAGAAUAUGUGUACAGUUUCUACAGACUAUUUUGUUGAAUUGUAUGAUGACAGACGGAGUCUGUGCUUUCAUUGAAUGUAAAUAUAUGUUCGUAUCUACGCGCAACACUGGAGCUUUUAGCUCUCAUCGAACCGCAUUUUCCUCGAUUAUUUGCAUUGUGAUAUUGGAAGAGAAUUUCCACACCGCUUUAAUUCAUGCACAACCUUGUUUGUCAUGGCUGUUGUUGUUGACUAUUGAAUACAUAUUGUGGAAACAUCCUGUGAAUUGUACAAAGUUUGUAGCUAUUUUGUAGAGAACACUUAUUUAACUUUGUACAGCAAACGUUUACAUAUGUACAUAAAUACUACUCCUUGCUUCGCGUGUUCCUGUAAGCACCGAGGGUUUCCUGUAUGACGCCUCGCAGUAGCCCGCGGUCCCCUUGUCAGUACUUUACCCAUGUUACGUACUCCUUGUGGUGCGGGUAACUGCUCGCCAAGCACUGACUCCGUGGACAUGUGUGCAAACGCGCCCAGUCGAAACGGUACAUCAACAUAGAGGAGCGCACAGCAGUAGCCGCACUCCUUUUUACUCCUUUUGUUUUGGUUUUUCGUGUUGUUUUUUUUUUUCGGAACACUUAAAAAAAUCCCCAGCCGCGCGAAAUGGUGCUCUGCUGUGCCAUUGCUCUCGUUGUUAUAUAUCUUUUUACAAGCAGUCAUGGAGGACAUCAAAAGCCGGGCACGCACCGAGCCCUUUGUCUUUGGCCCGUACAAAGGGUCGCUCGUUUUCUCAGCGUCAAGGGGCGCCAUGGGCAUGCCCGGGGCCGCGCGGGGGCCGGGGCCCGCCGUGGCCACCGACAACACUGCGAUGCCCCAUUGUGCGUCGUUGUGCUAAAGGCCGCGCGAACUCUGCAAAAGCCUAAUGAUGUGUGCAAUACAUCGUCGCGUCCCUUUGGCACACGACGACAGACCGGCCACUUUAGUUCGCGCCAUUGCCGCGAUUUUUCCUGGGAAAUUCGACAGCAUUUUUGUUUGUUUGUAGCUUUGGCAUUUUUGACUGGGCGUCUUUGUGACGAUGAGGGCGAAUUCUGUGUCACUUAUUUCGAGACAAUAAUAAUGUAGCCUGAGAGGUAUUUUCUUCUUUUGUUUUUCUAUUUGGAUUAGAAAUUAUGUGUUGGUAAUUGUAUUCGUCGGGGCACUUUUGAGAGUUAUCCUAGAAGGCCAAAAGACCAAGUCUGGUUUACUGUCUGAAUUCAUAGACAAUUAUUUCGUUUCGGAAAGCCAUGGGAUCAAUACUGUAGUAGAACAAGAGUCAUAUUUCGCACUUGAAUCUAUUUGAACUAUGUACAUAAAAUCGAAAUUCCAUGUUUUCUACAUACUAUAUAUUUAUUAAGUUGACAACUUUUGUACCAUCUGUAAACAUUCUUAUCACACAUGUUGAACAUUAGGUCUAUAGGUCACAUUAUAAAUACGAAAGAGCUUCAAUUUGAAAUUGCUUAUUUGCCAGGGUAGAAAAGCAGGCUGUAUCGUUUUUUGAAACACUGAUGUAGGCGUUUGUUGAGUGUAAUGAAGUACAAAUGGAUUGUUGAAUUUUAAUAAGUGUAAAUGAAUGUGAGUAAUAUUUUUACACAAUGAUGGAUCGUACAACACCAGUAAAUAGAUUAACAAUACCGAGGUUCACUAAGUCAGUAGCUCCAGCUACUCCACAUUUUAGAAUUUUGUUAGUAACUAAGCAUGUUUUUGUUGUGAAAUAUUAUUUAAGUUGAAGCAACACACUUAUUUUUUGAUUUCAUUCAAAAAAUAUGUGGUGUUUACUUCCCGCCAAGACUGAUGCAAUCAACGUGAAAUACUGUGAGAUGUACUGCCAUUUUUCCGAUUCAUGUUGCAACAUAUCACAUACAUUAAGUUAUUUCAUUUCCUGCUUAAGUGAGUUUUCACCCCAUAAUGGCAGUACUUCUAACAUACAAACGAAUUUCUUUUAGCGUGCUCGAUAAGUAGGAUUUUUAAAUUCUGAAAACCACCAAGCACUGGUAUAAUUUUACUAAAAAUGUUGUAAGAAGUUUUUAACGGUGUGUAGUUGCUGACACUAGUUGAGAAAUUGUACCUAGAACAUGUCAUAUUUCUCCUCCUAUUCCCACAACCCACUCCUUUUGCUAGGCGUGAAAACUGAAAUAAACAAAAUCGAAACGUUA